AUGCUGGGCGGUCUGGGCUUCAUUCCGCUGGACUCGCUGGACCCAGUCACUGAAGCUGCCGUGCCCGCUGCCAAGCGCCUGUCGUUGCAAGAGUUCAAGUCUCAGCCGGUUUUGGCCAUCAGCCGGACUCAAAGCGGUGUCGCUUUGAAAGAGCUGUACGGAGCUUUGGACCGGGAGAGGCCAGGGGCCCCUGAAGCGGUGUUUCGGAGGCUCUAUGCCUCAAAGCCGGGGACUUUCCCGC